CAGGCCUGUUCAACUAACAAACAGCCGCUGAAAUACCUGAAGAAUCACCUCGCGCGAGUUUGCGAUCUCUGCUUCUCCGCUUUGCAGCAAAAUAGUUCAGGUGACCAAGUACCCAGUAAUACACCUCUGUCACCGACAGGCAAGUCGCCUGGUGCCUAUCCCUUCAGAAAGCAGAAGAAAAUACCAGCAGCCCUUAAAGAGGUUUCGGCUAACACAGACGGAUCCUCAAUGAGCGGCUACCUGGAGAGGGCGAAGGCCAACAGAAAACAGUGGAAACGGUUCUGGUUUGUCAUCAUGAACAAAGUUCUGUACACUUAUGCUGCCAGUGAGGACGUAGCAGCUUUGGAAAGUCAACCUCUUCUGGGAUUUUCUGUCCGAACAGAGAAACCCGAAUCUUCCCUGCAUUUUAAACUUUAUCACAAAAACACUCUGUACUACGUCUUCAGAGCGAGCGACAGCCAGAUCUGUGACAGAUGGACUGAAGCGAUCCAGGAAGCCACGGUUCUCUAACCCUCUCUUCCUCAGCCUGUGAUGGACCUUCAUACAGAAGACACACAUUACAUUUGAUUCAAUCUAAGGCUCGCCACAUUUGCAUGUGCAGUUGCUACUAUGAAGUUGUUUCAAUUGUGAAAAUGUUUUUAGUUAUGAAAUACUUCUCCAUAACAUAUCUGAUAUUCAUUUGUAUAAUAUACUACAAACCCUUGCUGUUAUAUUUAUGCUUUAUGGCAAAUACACUGU